AUUCAUGUUACGCCCAUAACAAGGUGCGUUGUGAAAAUAUCCCAGUACAUAACAGGAUGCCAACAAGGUGCUGUUUUAUCGUGGGUAUCUUAAUAGUUUUCACUCUCGAUUAUGCACAAGCUCGUCAAACAAGACAGAUUUGGCUGGCGGAUGAGUCGAGUGUUGGAGAAAACGUAACGGUAACUAGCGGUGACAGGCUGACGCUUAUCUGCGCGUUCGACAGUUCUAAUGGCAGCAUCGCUUGGUACAAAGAUGGAGAGCCCUUCCGGGCCCCGACGUCUCGCAUCCGCCUUCAAAGGCAGCGCAUCCGUUUUAAGAUGACAAAGCUGGAAGAUGCUGGUGCCUACGCUUGCCUUGUCGACAGUAGCGAAUGGCGGUACCUCAAACUACAAGUCGAAGCUGAGCUCAAUGAUAUCUUCCCCAAAGAGAGCGAGAGCGAUGAGCUUGGCAAGGUCUUAGGGGCUGUUCGCGCUGAUGACGAGACCAACGAACUCGAACUUGGCGACUCCAGGGAUUUACCAGAGACAAGAGCACUGCACCUUGAGCCAUCGGACCUGGAAAACCAAGCUCAAAACCAGAACCAAAAUGGCGGAAGCAAUGACAGCAUGGCCGCAGGUGAGCGGAAUCGCACUCAACCAGAACUACCACCAAUGUUUAAAGACUCGCUACCCCUGACGGAAGUAAGGCCCGCAGGCAACUCUUUAAGGCUGCGAUGCCCAGCUAUCGGAAAUCCACAACCAAACAUCACUUGGCUAAAAAACGGCGAAGAACCAAAGCGAACCCUUGGAGUUGUCGUAACUAAUAAAUGGGGAUUGAGACUAGAGGAUACCGUCAUACAAGACGGAGGUAAUUACACCUGCAUUGUGUGCAAUUACUUGGGCUGCGUCAAUCACACCUUCAAAGUAAAUAUUAUAGAAAGUGUACAGGCAAGGCCAAUCUUAACAAAGGCGCCGGCAAAUGUAACAGUGUCGAUUGGCAGUAAUGUGAAUUUCACCUGCGUCGUUCUGUCAGACACGCAUAGGCAUCUCGAGUGGUAUCACGGCUAUCACAUUUCCUUCGAAACAGUCAACCAGACCAAUGAAAGCUUAAGGGUCGAGGCUAAGGCGGGUGGCGAAUUAAAUCCAGAAGUAUUAGAAAUAUUUAAUGUUACGGAAAAAGAUGAAGGCUGGUACACAUGCAUAGCUCAAAAUGCCCUAGGUGAUACGUUUAGCAGUGCUUAUCUACAUGUUAUCGAAUCAAUGGAAGAGCAAGGAAUACCAUUAACAGCACGACCUCAUCCAGUUUUAGUGAACAUCCUUGCUACGGUAUUGUUUAUUUUCUUCGCUGUGGGAGUUGUCGUUGUUAUUUACAUCUUCCACCGUUUAAAGCGCGAGAAAAUGAAGAAGCUUCUAGCAAUUGAGACUGCAAGGGCAGCAGUGGUUACUCAAUGGACGAAGAAGGUCAUCGUUGAGAAACAGAAUCUCGUGAAUUCACAAAACGUGCAAGAGUCAUUACUGAUGCCGGUGGUGAAAAUUGAGAAGCAAAAAUCGACGGUUACAGCAGAAGAGAACAGCGGUUCCGGCAGUAUAUCCGAAUAUGAGCUACCACUCGACAGUGCCUGGGAGUUGCCUAGAGAGCAGCUGACACUGGGAAGUACUUUGGGCGAGGGUGCCUUCGGAAAAGUUGUUAAAGCUACGACAAAUUCUGGAAAAUUUGGCAUUUCUACCAUCGUUGCUGUCAAAAUGCUCAAGGAAGGACACACAGAUUCGGAAAUGAUGGACCUUGUCUCAGAAAUGGAGAUGAUGAAGAUAAUCGGUAAACAUAUGAAUAUAAUCAAUCUGCUAGGGGCCUGUACCCAAGGUGGACCUUUGUACGUUGUUGUCGAGUUUGCACCGCAUGGUAACUUGCGAGAUUUUCUGCGUGAACAUAGAAGCUCCUCCGGUUACGAGUCGGCGAUAGGUCAGCAGUCAAUGAGCAAAGAGAAAAAAACUCUUACACAAAAAGAUCUUGUAUCGUUCGCUUAUCAAGUCGCUAGAGGUAUGGAGUACCUGGCUAGUCGGAGGUGUAUACAUCGAGAUCUCGCCGCGAGAAAUGUCCUUGUUAGCGACGAGUAUGUUCUUAAGAUUGCUGACUUUGGACUGGCCAGAGACAUACAUUGUCAUGACUACUACAGGAAGACAACCGAUGGCAGAUUGCCAGUGAAAUGGAUGGCACCUGAGGCCCUCUUCCGUCGUAUUUAUACCACGCAGUCCGAUGUAUGGUCGUUUGGAAUACUUUUAUGGGAAAUAAUGACACUUGGUGGUACUCCGUACCCAUCGGUGCCAUCGGUUGAAAAGCUUUUUCAACUUCUCAAAUCUGGUUUACGAAUGGAAAAACCUCCAUGCUGUUCAAUUGAAAUAUAUGUUUUGAUGAGAGAAUGUUGGAGCUAUCAACCCGAAGAAAGACCAGUAUUUGGAGAAUUAGUCGAAGAUCUCGACAGGAUACUCACAAUAACUGCCAAUGAGGAAUAUUUAGACCUUGGACUACCACAAUUAGAUACACCACCUUCGAGUCAAGAAUCAAGCGAAGACGAAAAUGAUGAUGCCGAGGAUGAAUUUCCAUUUCAACAAAAUCUUUUAUAAACUACAGAUCAUAAAAUGAUAACGAAAAAAGUAAAAAUUAUAAAAUAAAUAGGAUAGUUAUUGUAGUUAUAAAUAUGGAAUAAUGGAGGGGGAAAAAUUCUUCGAAGUCCUCAGAAAUUUUUAAGGACCACUUUUAAGCUAUUUUUAAGAAUUGUGAACAUCGUUAAUAUUGACUAAUUAUACAUGUUCGUUAUUAUGCAAUUGACUGAUAUAAGAAUAAACACACAUCGUGUAAUGUGAACAAAUAUAUUGAUUAAUGAACCGUAUUUUUUGUAACUUAAUAUCGCGAACAAGAUAUGAAUAAAAAAUUACCAUUGUAGGGUAUUUACG